AUGAUUGUUCUGCAAAAGCUGUUUGCGUUCUUCCUGUUCUUUGCUUUGACGCUCGCAGGACCGACUACUGCGGGUCGAAACUCGUACCGGAGUUUGCAGGCGCGGGAGGACUUGACACCGCCGCACUAUGCCGCACCAUCAUUGCCUGCCGGGAUUGACACCGACGAGCAGCCCACAUGCUAUUAUGCUCGCGGAAUCGCAUAUGUCCAGCCGACUGUCAACAAUAUCCAACACCUUCUAGACGUUGGAGAGCAGAAUUGCACGGCAGAAGCUAAUGACUGUGUUCGUGUCUCAUACCUAAACCAGUCAGGGCUGUUUUUCUGCAACCACAAUGCUGCUAUGAUCACCACUAAGUGUCAGAACCUUAUCAAUCUGGCCUACAAGCUACAUUACAGUUGCCAGAUUUCGAAUUAUUACACCUUCGGUAUUGUCGGCGGCACAGUCCAGAAUGGCUCGGACUCGGUGGGCUACUAUUUACGAAUCGGUGGCGAGACGCCUUGA